AUGUCUCUGAACUCCCAACCUAAAAUCCGCUUCACCCCCAAGAUGCUCAAUCAGAAAGCGAAGAAAGCCCAACCCACGCAAGAAAUGUUAGAUCUCGGCAUACAAAACUCUUCAGAUUCGGCCUUCUUCAACUUACCAGGCGAUAUCCGCAAGCGCAUUUACGAAUUUGCGUUCACUACGGGUGAGGUUAUCCAACUCCUACCUCUUGAUGCGGAUCUCGAAGGGGCAGCCAUUACUGAAGCAGAGGUUGAUGAGACGAUGGAGAUGGACGUGGAUAUCGAAGAUAUGAUGAUGGGUCUCGAAAUCAACGAUACUUCCCAUUCCGAUGACACGAAGCCCCAAACGCGAAACCCCUUCGCCGCAAUCCUCGCAUCCCGACAAUUCUACUUGGAAACACACCUUCUGCCCUUCUGCCACAACACCAUCUACUGCGCCAACAUAGGGGACCUCGCUACAAUUCUUUGCCGGCUGUCACCCGCCCAAGCAUCCUCCAUCCGCUCGCUGAAGAUCCAGUGGGCGACCGCGCUGCUAGCAGUGCAGGAGUACAUGGAUUUAUCUUGGGCAUCUGGGAUGGAUCCAGAAUCGGUCAGAUCAGCACUGCAAAUGCUGGACAAACUGGAGGAAGUAGUCGUGGACUGGGCGGGGAAGAGGCGCAUCUUUCUUAAUAAGAAGAGGGUGGAGGAGGCGUUGAAUGCGUUGUGUGGGAGGAAGAUUAGUGUUUCGUUUGAAAGGGGCGGGGAAGAGUAUCAAGAGGUUGUGCAGCGUGUGGGAACGGUACAGCAGAGGAAACGAAUGGAGCGAGCGGACACGGCGAUGGAGUGGUCGGCGCGCGCUUGGGAUGCAUGA